AUGGGUGGAAAGCGGGAGAUAAGGGAAGCACAUGGUGACGGUAUGAGGGGAACACGGAAACGGCAAGGACGAGGAUUCGGUCGGUGGCAGCAUCGACGUGGCGGAGUUGCAUCGGAGUUUGAGUCAGGGAUUCUCAGAUACCUCAAUGCACGCGACUUGGUUCGGUUUGAACGCCAUGCGCACCUGAAUGCGUCCACCUGGGCCCUUCUUGUGGCAGUCGACUACAUACCUGCGCUUAAUCUUGACGAGGACAGCGCGGGUAGAGAGGAAAAUGACUCUAUCACGAUCCAUUCGUACGGCCUGCAACGCUCACGUGUGGCUGAUGCCGCCGAAGGUGGACGAUGCGCACUAUUAUUCGGACGAUGGCUCUUCAUCAUCAUGUCUGGAAUCAAGCUCGGAUGUCGUGAUCUGGACGAGUCUGAAGCCGAGCUUUCGGUUGUUGAGCACAGAGCGCCUCCUGGAUUCAUAUUUACUGGACUUGCAAGCACGGAGACGACUGACGCGGAUGGAAGACGUGCGUAUCUUGGCAUAGGCGAAAAGGGAGAAAACAAUCUUGGUUACACAUGGAGAAUAUUCGAGAUAAAUGUCGCUUUAGGGAUAAACUCAACGAGCUGGAAGCUAAUUACCACCAUACCGGAUGUCCAUGACGGAGGGAUGCGUGGGCUGGUAGUAAAGUCAAACGUCCUCAUAAUAAGGUGCCCAGGCUCCGAAGUUAACCAGCCUUAUGAGAAAGUAUGGCUGAUAAAUCUCGGUUCAAAACGUGUGUUUAAACUCGAGUACUCGAAAGAAGCUUACAACGAGCUUAGCGAGGCACGCAUUGCGUACCGGUGCCAUGUCUACGUAGGGAAUUCGCAUAUCAUCGCUGUGUUUCGCUUCUACACUCCCAUGUGA